GGGCCAAACGGCACCAGACUGUGUUUUGUGUGGAAGGAACACACACACUCGCGCCCUCAGCUCUCGAUUUUUUCCCUUGAACGCGAGUUUGAGCAACGAAAAUUGUUUCAAGUUAUCAAAGGAGGGUCAUACAUCUGGAGUUAUCACACCGCUUUGAUUCGUGUCUGGGCAGGACCUUUUCCUCUGGUCCAGCUGUUUAACUGUAAACCAGCAGAGGUAAUCCUUAGCAGCCAGAAGCACCUGGACAAAAGUCGUGACUACACGUUUCUGCAUCCUUGGCUUGGCACAGGCCUUCUCACUUCCACAGGCUCAAAAUGGCACUCCCGCAGGAAGCUCCUGACGCCCGCCUUCCACUUCAAGAUCCUGGAGGACUUCGUGGAGAUCUUCAAUAACCAGAGCAUCAAAAUGGUGAAGUUGCUGGAGAAGAAGGCUGGUGGGGAGUGCUUUGACAUCUUCCCUUUCAUCACUCUCUGUACCUUGGACAUCAUCUGCGAGACCGCCAUGGGAUGUAAAAUUGGCGCUCAAGACAACAGCGAAUCAGAUUAUGUUAAGGCUGUGUACCGCAUCGGUUCCCUCGUGCAGCACAGGCAGGCUCGCCCUUGGCUGCAGCCAGACAUCCUCUUCAAGCUCUCCGGGUCCCAGAAGGAGCACGACGCUUGCCUAAAAACCCCUGCAGAUUUCCCAACUUUAGGGACCCGACGCAAGGAGUCCAGGGAGCAAGAAAAAACAAGGGUCAGGACUCCCGGGCAGGCUCUGGGCAAAAAGAAACGACUUGCAUUCCUUGACCUCCUGCUGGAGUACUCCGACGGCGUGUCUCGGCUCACCGACGAGGACAUCCGCGAGGAGGUGGACACCUUCAUGUUCGAGGGCCACGACACGACAGCUGCCGCCAUCAACUGGACGCUGUACCUCCUCGGGUGCCAUCCCGAGAUACAGGCCCGCGUGACGAGGAAUGGCGGAUUUUUGGAGAUCGACCGCCCGUCACCAUGGCCGACCUCAGGGAAAUGAAGCUGAUGGAGAACUGCAUCAAGGAAGCCCUUCGUCUGUUCCCCUCCGUGCCCUUCAUCGCUCGCGAGCUCAGGGAGGACGUGUAUCAAAAAGGG